CCCGCCCCCGGUCCGUCGGCGAACGCGCUCCGCUGGCACGGUCCGCGAGCGGCGUGGUCCCGGGGCUGGCGCUACGUGUCUGUGCCGAUCUGCAAGCGUCUGGGGCGCCGUCAUGCGCCCGCUGCUCAGCCUCCUCCUGGUCUUCGCCGGCUGCACCUUCGCCCUGUACUUGCUGUCCACACGACUGCCCCGCGGGCACAGCCUGGGCUCCGCGGAGGAGGCUGAAGGCAGGUCGCUGUGGUUCCCCUCUGACCUGGCCGAGCUGCGGGAGCUCUCUGAGGUCCUUCGGGAGUACCGGAAGGAGCACCAGGCCUACGUGUUCCUGCUCUUCUGCAGCGCCUACCUCUACAAACAGGCCUUUGCCAUCCCUGGCUCCAGCUUCCUGAAUGUUUUAGCUGGUGCCUUGUUUGGGCCAUGGCUGGGGCUUUUGCUGUGCUGUGUGCUGACCUCGGUGGGCGCCACAUGCUGCUACCUGCUCUCCAGCGUUUUUGGCAAACAGCUGGUGGUCUCCUACUUUCCUGAUAAAGUGGCCCUGCUGCAGAGGAAGGUGGAGGAGAACAGAAACAGCUUGUUUUUUUUCUUACUGUUUUUGAGACUCUUCCCCAUGACACCGAACUGGUUCUUGAACCUCUCCGCCCCGAUUCUGAACAUCCCCAUCGUGCAGUUCUUCCUCUCGGUUCUUAUCGGCCUGAUCCCCUACAAUUUCAUCUGUGUGCAGACGGGCUCCAUCCUGUCAACCCUGACCUCCCUGGACGCACUGUUCUCCUGGGAAACAGCCUUUAAGCUGCUGGCCAUUGCCUUGGUGGCCUUGGUUCCUGGAACCCUCAUCAAAAGGUUUAGCCAGAAACACCUGCAACUGAAAGAAACAAGUCAGGCUAAUCACAUAAAUAGUAGAAAAGUCACGUGAUCAGGACUCUGUCUCCCCGGAACCUGGACUCUAAGGCUUGUUGGUAAGCUGGGUGCGGUCAUCUAAAGCCCCUCAUUGUGUUUAAAUUACCCUCAAAAGAUAGUCUGGACGCUGUUCAUCUGUGUGCAGUGGCUCAACAGAAAGCACAGAGUGUGCUGUGGACGGUGGACUGUAUCAGGUUCUGAGAGCAGCCCUGGGUUAGCAGGGUGCUGUGACAUGGACGCCCUCCUAGGAAUCCUGUCUCCAACCAGGAACUCAGGAGUGUUUGUUGCCUGCCUCUCGCCAGCCUCGGGAGAAGCUGCUGACUGUCCUUGUCCAGCCUGCCCCUUUUGCCACGUGAUAGGCUGUAGUGACAGAGGUUCUGUUAAGUCCCUGUGGAUGACGUGAGCCCACAUCCCUGACAGCACUCAGCGUCUUCUGUUGGCCUCGCAGAGUGUAUCUUCUGUCCUUUUUCAUUGAUGAUCUACCUCUCCCAUGAGCCGAGGAGCCUCCGAGGACUUCCACAUGAAGCACACGAGCAGUGAUUCCGUGACACUCCUGUGUUCAGUUGCACUGAUGUUACUGUGUAUGUCAAAUCUCAUGGUUGCAUGUUCUGACGAUGCCAACAGGCUAUUAAAUAUGAAUGGAGCAAAUUCUGUAUGUUAUGGGUGUGUUCUGGAGAAAUUCUUACCACCUGCGUGGGGCAGGGCCCUGAUUCUCCUGAACCUGUACCUUGUCUGAGCGUGCUUUCUGCACGGGACUCCCUUCUUUACCUCCGGCUAAGGAGAACGGAUUCAAUACUCUAGGCUGUCGGCAGGGUACCCCUCUGAAUGUUUGUCAUUUCCUAAGAAUAAAUGAGGACUAAUUUUAUUUUAUCUUUGAACCCAAGACGACAAUUGCUCUGAUAACAUUGUGUUGUAUCUUAAUCACUUGAAGCUUUCAUUGCUUGCCAUGGUUGCAGUAUUGAAUUGGCACAGACCUGAGUUGUUGUUUCCAAGGACAGAUGGACCCUGGCACCCGCCUGGACCAGCUCUGUGAUCCUGUCCUCUUCAGGAGAAACCCGUGACUUACAGGGCUAUUGCUCUUGGGCAUCAUCUGCUGGGUGUUUCAUUUGGCUUGGCCAAGAAUUCUGCUCUGGCUUUUUUUUUUUUUUUUUUUUUUUUUUUGACAGGCAGAGUGGACAGUGAGAGAGAGAGAGAGAGACAGAGAGAAAGGUCUUCCUUUGCCGUUGGUUCACCCUCCAAUGGCCGCCGUGGCCGGCGCGCUGCGGCCGGCGCACCGUGCUGAUCCAAUGGCAGGAGCCAGGUACUUCUCCUGGUCUCCCAUGGGGUGCAGGGCCCAAGCACUUGGGCCAUCCUCCACUGCCUUCCUGGGCCACAGCAGAGAGCUGGCCUGGAAGAGGGUCUGCUAUGGCUUUUAUCUGGGCCUCUUGUUCUACAUAAAUUCUUGGGAGUAUUCAUGCUCCACAGGAAGAAUGGACUCCCGGCCAGUCCUUUCUCACAGCAAAGGUUUCAUUUUUAAAAUGGUUUCUUUUUUUUUUUUUUUUAAAGAUUUAUUUAUUUAUUUGAAAGGUGGAAUUACAGAGAGGCAGAGAGAGAGAGAGAGAAAGUCUCCCAUCCCCUGGUUCACUCUCCAAAUGGCCACAACGGCCACAGCUGGGCUGAUCUAAAGCUAGGAGCCAGUUUUCCAGGUCUCCAAUGGAGGUACAGGGGCCCAAGGACUUGAAGCAACUUCCACUGCUUUCCCAGGCCAUAGCAGAGAGCUGGAUUGGAAGUGAAGCAGCCGGGACUCAAAUCAGCACCCAGAUGGGAUGCCGGCACUGCAGGUGGCAGCUUUACCCGCUUUGCCACAGCACCAGCCCUUAAAAUGGUUUCUUUAAAAGGAGCCUUGAUAACAAGAAUGAGUGUGUGAAUGAGGCAGAUUGGGCUUUGAAAUCAGUGAGUCUAAGUGUUCUGGAGGAGGAAGGGAGGAGAAGCAAGGGAGUCUUCCACACUUGCAGACGCGUGCCCUUUGCCCUUUUCUGGAUCCUUAGAUGUGUCUCUCCUCCACAGUUUUGCGACAGUGUGCCUUAUUAGUUGUGAGUUUACAGGCAAACUGGUGUCCCAAAUAAAUGGCAAUAAGUAUUCUGAAAUGAAUAAA